CAUAUCCGCCUUGCGCGCUGAGUGUGUGAGUGUGUGUCGCCUGGUCCUCCUGCGCAGGACGCGAGAACGGCUUCGGGCGGAUUCGCGACCUUUAAAGAAAACCUGAGUGCAGUUCGGACACAGGUGGCCUCGGAUUAGUCCUGCUAGCGGCCUCUGUGAGUGCGGAGGGCGGACUGUGUUUACCGAGCUGAGCUGGGCGGAGAGGAGCGGCCUGCGGCGCAGAGUGAAAGCCCCUCGGAGAAGCUUUAUGAAGUAGAACCGCUGUUUUCAGGGGGUUUAUCGGAUAAAUAACGCGGCUGGCGAAGCUGUGCGGACUCAGACAGACACAAAACCGCAGCCAUUGAGCUCAACGCGCCUCGGACCCUGUGAGCUAAGCUAACUUAGCUUUUUGAAGCGGGAGCUGCAGGACCUAGCUUCUUCUGUGGAGCGCGAGCUGCGCGAGCUAACGUUAGCUAGCCGUCUGUUAGCUCGCCUCACAAGUUCGGUUAAAACUGUCCGCCUUGUCUGUGUUUUGUGGCCGUGUUCGGUCCUAAAUUAAACAAAUUAGCUGCCAGCCAACGGUCAAGGAAGUUCAUUUAUCUCCUCCUCUUCCUCCUCCUCCUGCUCCUGCUCCUCCUCCUCCUCGCCUUCCUUGCUGUGGCCGCCGGACUCUUGGCUGUUUUGGUGAAGGAGCGCGAAAAACACUCCGCGAAAGUCGCGCAGCUUCCCCGGCAGUAACGUUAAGUCAGUGGUCUGGUUCUGCAGCUGAGGUGCUCUGCUCGGACAGCGGACUGACCUCCGGCCCAAAAUGAUCCCCGAAAAGGCUCCGCAGGAGGACGUGCUGACCGCCGCCGAGGACCUGAAGAAAGAAGCGCACAUCUCCAGCUUCGAGCAGUUUAAGGAGCUGUAUGAGAAAUCAGUCGAGUCUCCGGAGGAGUUUUGGGGAGACAUUGCCAAGGAGUUCUUCUGGAAGACGAAACAUGCUGGACGGUUCCUGGACUACAACUUUGACGUCACCAAGGGCGGAAUUUUUGUCAAGUGCAUGGAAGGAGCCACCACGAACAUCUGCUACAAUGUUCUGGACCGCAAUGUCUAUGAGAAGAAACUGGGGGAUAAAGUGGCCUUUUACUGGGAGGGGAACGAGCCAGGAGAUGAGAAGACCGUGACCUACAGAGAACUAUUACUGGAAGUGUGCAAGUUUGCCAACGUCCUCAAGUUACAAGGUGUGAAAAAGGGGGAUCGUGUGUCCAUUUACAUGCCCAUGGUAGUUGAGCUGGUGGUGGCCAUGCUGGCUUGUGCCCGAAUUGGAGCUGUGCAUUCAAUUGUGUUUGCAGGUUUCUCUGCCGAGUCCCUCUGUGAAAGAAUCAUAGAUUCCCAAUGUUCUCUGCUAAUUACAGCUGAUGGCUUUUACAGAGGAGAUAAGCUGAUCAAUCUUAAAGUGAUCGCUGAUGAGGCGCUGCAGAAAUGCAGGGACAAAUCUUUCCCUGUGGAGCGGUGUAUUAUGCUGAAGCACUUAUCAAAGGAGGAAGAGGAAGCCUCAUCGCCGGGCUCCCUAUCACCCCCUGCAAAACGUUCCUGCCCUGACCUCCAGCAGGAGAAAAAGAAAGAAAAAGUAAGGAGGGUCCGUCCCAUCCCUAAGGUGCCCUGGAACCCAGAGGUGGAUGUGUGUUGGCACUCUCUGAUGGAAGGUGCCUCUGAUGAGUGUGAGCCGGUGUGGUGUGAAUCUGAAGAUCCUCUCUUUAUUCUCUACACUAGUGGCUCCACUGGGAAACCUAAGGGUGUAUUACACACAGUCAGUGGUUACAUGCUGUACACUGCCACAACAUUUAAACUGGUGUUCGACUACCACCCUGAUGACGUGUACUGGUGCACAGCAGACAUUGGCUGGAUCACCGGUCACUCAUACAUCACUUAUGGGCCCCUGGCUAACGGGGCCACCAGUGUCCUGUUUGAAGGUCUGCCCACCUACCCUGAUGUUAGCAGAAUGUGGGAGAUAGUGGAUAAAUACCACGUCUCCAAGUUCUACACUGCCCCCACAGCCAUCAGACUCCUCAUGAAAUACGGCAGUGAGCCGGUCCACAAGUAUAAGCGUAGUUCUCUGAAGAUCUUGGGUACAGUAGGUGAGCCUAUCAACCCUGAGGCCUGGCAGUGGUACUAUAACGUAGUUGGAGAUGGUAGAUGCCCUGUGGUCGACACCUUCUGGCAGACAGAGACGGGAGGACACGUACUAACACCUCUACCAGCUGCCACGCCUCUCAAACCAGGAUCUGCAACAUUUCCGUUUUUUGGGGUGGUGCCUGCCAUUCUGAAUGAGUCAGGUGAGGAGCUGGAGGGACCAAACGAGGGCUACCUGGUAUUUAAGCAGCCCUGGCCUGGGGUGAUGAGGACUGUGUUUGGGAACCAUCAGAGAUUUGAGACCACCUACUUCAAGAAAUUCCCUGGAUACUACGUGACUGGUGAUGGUUGCCGUAGAGAUAAGGAUGGGUACUACUGGAUCACCGGCAGGAUUGAUGACAUGCUGAACGUUUCUGGUCACUUGCUGAGCACGGCCGAGGUAGAGUCCGCUCUGGUGGAGCAUGAGGCUGUAGCGGAGGCUGCAGUGGUGGGGACCCCACACCCUGUGAAAGGAGAGAGCCUCUACUGCUUUGUCACACUCGCAGAUGGCAUCAACUACACUACUACUCUCGAAGCUGAGCUCAGAAAGCAAGUGAGAGAGAAGAUUGGUGCCAUAGCUACACCGGACUAUAUACAAAAUGCACCUGGGCUUCCCAAAACUAGAUCAGGUAAAAUCAUGCGGCGUUUGCUACGCAAAAUAGCGUCUAACCAGCGGGACUUGGGAGACGUGUCCACGCUGGCAGACAGUACGGUCAUCGAGCAGCUGUUUGAGAACCGCUGUUGUACUGCUGUGUGACCACAAGGGGGAGCUGAUUGGAAUGCCAUACUCUGGCAUAGUAGGAACUGCACCUCAUGGAGGGACAUGGAAGUAGAGUGCAGAGCAAGGCUAGUGGGGGGGGGUGAAAAGAAAGGAAAAAAAAAAAGGUGUAUAAAUUGUACUGCAUUAUCCAAAUUGUUCAGAAUCUCUGGGAACUGAAAAGGUUUGGAGGGAAAUUAGUUUUUACUGGACCCACUUGUAUAUUUAAUAUUUUGGUUUUAACAAAAAGUUUAUUUUUGUUAGCGUCGCUCUGUGCAUUUUGUUUUUUUUUUAUUUUGUUUCACAUAAAAUUUUUUGAGUUGCAUCAUGUUAUAUGUUUGGAAGACCUGAAGGGUGAGAUGGAAAAAGUCAUUUCCUGAGUCACAGUUCCACUUAAUUCAUAUUUUCUGCUUUUAUAAUAUAACAAACACACACACACACACUUUCUAAACCACUUAGCCUUCUGGGUCACGGGGGGAGCUGGAGCCUAUCCCAGUGGUCAUUGAGUGAAAGGCAGGAUACACACUGGACAGGUCGCCAGUCCAUCGCAGGGCAAACAGACACAUAUUUUACACAUACGUUAUACCAAAACCAGCCCAGUAUUUUUAGCAUCACUUGCACCUUGGCCAACACUUAGCAUGUUACACCAGCUUUGACCAGCAGGGGGCAGUUAGGGUAAUAGCUAUGGCUGGGAUAGUAUGUAACUAUCAUUAAUGAUCUCCUACUGUCACUUAAUAAGCUGACGAUUUCUCACACAGCUGUAAUAAGCAACGUUUAUAAAAAAAACAACCACUGAACAAUUUUGAUUGCCUAAUGAA